AUGGCCCCAUCUCUUCCCCCGCAAUACGAAAUCCGCGUUCUAGGACCGGAGCAUGAAGAAUGGGCUCGAGCCAUUUGCCUCCACACGAACAUGUUCCACAGUCCACUUUGGCCGGUCGUAUAUCCAGAGAAUAUAACACAGCGACUGUACAAGUCGUUCCAGGCCGCACAUUAUCUGAUCAAACACCAAAUAGACUCGGGUUAUUCUCUUGGUAUUUUCAAUAAGAAUUACCAAUUCAAGCGACCGGAGUCUGUAGCCACAGGUGGCAAGCUAUACUGGAAUUUUGUCGAUGAGAAUGCCACCGAAAGCGAGCUAGAGGAGCAGAUGGAUUUCCCGCUCGUUUCUAUCGCUAUGGCCUACGAUGGCAUCAACGAGCUUGACAUGAAUCAAAUCAUGCCGCUAGUGGAAACAUUGCCCUUGUUCGCGACCAUCGUCAAGGUCGUCGAAGAUAGAGAUACGCGUGAUCCUGCCUCGUGGAAGCCCACCGGACCCAGGCAGGUUUUGAUGCGUAAUGCGACCAACACCAUGAAAGCGCAUUCGGGUCACGGGCUUAUGAGGCUGUUAGCAGAGGAGAUGAUGCGACAGUCGGCGGCUGCGGGCUUCCGUGGUAUCCAGAUUGAGAGUGCCAAUAAUGCGGUAUUGAAGGUGUGGUCGAACCCGCCGGAACCUUUUAAAGGGACAAUUACCUGUCAGUUUCACACGAUGACGUAUGAAGAGAAGGCAGAGUCCGGCGAGACUCUGUAUCCUUUCCGACCGGCAGAUCUGCCUAUUGCGAGGAUAUAUGUCGAUUUGUGCUGA